AUGCAAAGUACCCCAAAUGGGGCCCCUCAUGGGGCCCCCAAUGGGGCCCCUCAUGGGGGCCCCAAUGGGGCCCCCAAUGGGGCCCCCAAUGGGGCCCCCAGGGGGGCCCCCAGCUCCGUCGGCGCCGCCAAUGGGGCCCCUAUAGAGGCGCCUCUGGAGGCCCCUGUAGGUUUUUCCAACGGGGGCCCCAGUGGGGCCCCCCUGGGGGCCCCCGGGGGGGCCCCCGGGGGGGCCCCCAUGGGGGCCCCCGGGGGGCCCCCCUUGGGGGCCCCUGGGGGGGCCCCCCAGGGUCGCGCCCCGCAGCUAGUUCGACUUUACGAUGGCUCGCAAAAGUGGGCCUGGAACCCUUACGCUGGGGGCCUCGGGUGCAGCAGCGUGUUGGGGGGCCCCCCCCUGGGUACUGCGUUUUUGGGGGGGGCCCCCCUGGGGGCCCCCCCCCUGGGGGGCCCCAAGGGGGCCCCCAAGGGGGCCCCCAGCGAGGUGGAAAGGCUGCAAAGUCUGUACCGAGAUGAAGUGAGUUUGCUGCAGAUGGACCACGAGCUGCUGCUGUAUGACUUGAGUAGUUUUAAGGAAAUGAUGGCGGAGUACCAAGAAGGGGAGGGGGCCCCCCUGGCUGCAACUUUGCCAGAUGAACUGCUGGAAAUAAAGAAAGGACUGGACUUGAGAAUUGAACAGUUCAAAGACGACUGCGGGCGGUGCGAGCGGCUGCAGCAGCAGCUGCAGCUGGAAAUAGACAAGGGGCCCCCCCUGGGGCGGGGGGGCCCCCCGGGGGGCCCCCUGGGGGGCCCCCUAGCAGCAACUCCAGAAGCUGUUGCUGCUAACUGUUUGCUGCUGAAAAAAGCCAAAGACCAAAAAAGACUUAUUGCCAUGCUGCAGCGGGACUUGGAAGAAAGACUUUAUGAGCGGGAGUUGGCGGAGCAGCACUUGAAGAAGCUGCGGCGAGCAGCAGACCAUUUGCUGCUGCUGCAGCCGGCCCACUGGGGGGGGGGCCCCCGGGGGGCCCCCAGGGGCGGGGCCCCCCCGGCCCAGGGGCCCCCCACGCUGCACCAGAGACAAAAACUUGUCCCAGAAUUCAAGUCCAAGUGGCUGCAGCAAAUAAGAUUUGCCCGAGAGCCUUUGCCCAGAGUACCCAGCAGAGAGCCUCCUAUUCCUGCUGCUACAGUUUCCCCCAAAAAGAAGCCAGCAGCAGCAGCAGCAGCAGCAGCAGCAGCAGCAGCAGCAGCAGCAGCAGGCACUGGGGAGCUCGCGAGGAGGCUCAGCCGCGCAGACAGAAAGCCCAGCGCAGAAGCAGCAGCAGCAGCAGCAGAGGCGCUGGGGGCCCCCGCAGCAGCAGCAGCAGCAGCAGAAGAGGGGCUGCUGCCUCGUGUCUUUCGCUCCAUCUGGAGGUCUUCGGAGCCUUCUGCUGCAGCAGCAGACGACGCCAAGCCAGCAGCAGCAGCAGCAGCAGCAGCAGCAAGCCCCCGGCGAAGCAGCACCGCCACCGCGCUGCAGCGGUGGGUCUCGGGGCCCCUGAGCCUCGUUAUCUCUGGGGAAGGGGGGCCCCCCAAGGACAAAAGCGACAAAGCAGCAGCAGCAGCAGCAGCAGCAGCAGCAGCAGCAGCAGCAGCAGCAGACAAAGACAGCAGCAGGGGCCCCCAAACACUACCCAGAAGCAGCAGCAGGGCCUCUCUGGCUAGGGGCCCCUUUCGCACUUUGUUGUCUCCUCGAGGGUCUACAGAAAGUGUCAUUUUAAGGCACGGAUCCCGUACCCUAGCUUCCCCCAGAAAGGCCAUUGAGGGGCCCCCCCUCUCCCCCCGCCUGUCUCGCAGCAGCAGCGUGGACACUGUGGCCCCAAUCCACAAGCAGCUAACGAGGACGCUGCAGUCCCCGCGGGGUGAAGCAGCAGCAGCAGCAGCAGCAGCAGCAGCAGCAGCAGCAGCAGCAGCAGCAGAGGGGCCCCUGGCGAGGAAGGGGACCCGCACGCUGCUGUCUCCAAGAGAUGCAGCAGCAGCAGUAGAAAGGUUCGGUUCUCGUACCCUUUUGUCCCCAAGGCUGGGGGGGGGGCCCCCGGGGGGCCCCCCUAAUAGGGCCCCCAGCCUUAGGGGCCCCGUACUUUCAAGGAAAGAAAGCGCAGCUUUCUUGUCUUAA